AUGCCCCCUGGGGCCCACCCAGGGGUGUCGGCGUCAAUAGGACCCCACCCAGGGGCGGCGGCGGACCCAGCGGCCCUCCCAGUUGCGAUGGUGCUCUCAGGGGCCCUCUCAGGGGUGACGGCGAUCCCAGGGGCUCUCCUAGGGGCCUUUUCAGGUGCGGCUGAGACCCCAAAGGCUCUCACAGGGGCAGCGGCGGUCUCAAGGGCCCUCCCAUUAGCAGGUGUGUCGGCGUCCAAAGGAGCCCACCCAGGCGUGACGGCGGACCGAGCGACCCUCCAAGUGCCGGCGGUGCUCUCAGGGACCCUCUCAGGGGUGACGGCGAUCCCAGGGGCUCUCCUAGGGGCCCUCUCAGGUGCGGGGCCCUCCCAAGUCAUCAACAACCUGAGGGGACCCUCCGGUGUCGGCGUCAGGAGGAGCCCACCCAGAGGCGGCAGCGGACCCAACGGCCCUCCCAAGGGCGAUGGUGCUCUCAGGGGCCCCCUCAGGGGUGACGGAGAUCCCAGGGGAUCUCCUAGGGGCCUUUUCAGUGCAAAACCAACUGCUCCAAGGGACUCCAUAGGGAAAAUGCCCCCUGGGGCCUACCCAGGGGUGUCGUCGUCAGGAGGAGCCCACCCAGAGGCGGCAGCGGACCCAACGGCCCUCCCAAGGGCGAUGGUGCUCUCAGGGGCCCCCUCAGGGGUGACGGAGAUCCCAGGGGCUCUCCUAGGGGCCUUUUCAGGUGCGGCUGAGACCCCAGGGGCUCUCGCAGGGGCGGCGGUGGUCUCAAGGGCCCUCCCAUUAGCGAGUGAGCCUCCAGGGGCCCUACCAGAGGCACCCUUCUAA